GAUGCCAGGAUGCCGGUGUGUGCACACAUCCACCCACUGAGAAGAUGGUGCUGAGAGUGAGCCGUCCACAGAGUGCUGGGUUCUGUCUGGCCGGCUCCCAGGGUCGGUGCAUUAACGGCGCCGGUACCUCUGCGUCUUGGCAUCGCCCUGAAAUCACUGGCACCACCCUGUUAUAAUUCAUUUAUCCGUUUUCCCCCCCCCCCCCCACCUGCCACGGAGACGUGUCCCUGGAACCCUCCCAGCAGCCGUGUUUAUUUCAUGAUUUCUCCCCUCCCCUGGAUCCUGAUGCAACGCUAGCCAGCUUCUUAACCGGGGGGGGUUUUCUCCCGAUUUAACUUAAAUAUAAACGUCCUGCCCAUUCCUUGCUCCCAUCUGCCGUAGGAAUGGAUGACAUUUUGAGGAAGAUAUCCAAGGAAGCGUCUGGAAAUAAACAUAAAUCUUUAAGAGACGCCUGCAACUUAGCAUGUGAGACAUUAGAAUCUGAAAAUGGUUCUGCCAGGCUGCCUACUUAUCAAUUGAGGGAGUGCUGCCUGGUUCCCCUAAAGCUCGCUCUGGAAUCGAAGAAUGUCAAACUGGCUCAGCACGCGUUAGCUGGAAUGCAGAAGCUGUUGGUGGAUGAGAGGCUGGUGUCCGCAGAGAAGGAGCUGGAGGAGAGGCAACUGCUGAAUCAGAUGCUGGACUCCAUGAAGGUCACACCCUUCCUCAAUGAGGACCUGCAGGUGGAAGUGAUGAAGGUCCUGCUUUGUAUCACAUAUUCUUCAACGUUUGAAAUAAACGGCAGUGCCAUCCUAAAGAUUGCUGAGGUUUGCAUCGAGACGUACGUCGCCAGCUGCCACCAGCGCAGUAUUAACACGGCCGUGCGGGCCACCCUCAGCCAGAUGUUCAGUGACCUGGCUCAGCAGCUGCGCGCCAAGCAGGAGAGUGAGAAUGAGGGGGGACGGCCACUUCAAGAGGAAUCUCACAACAAAGGUCCGUCCACCUCCGUCGAGGCACUUUGUGAAGACGUGGUGUCUGUGCUCGCUGUCCUUUACGAGAAGCUGCAAAGAGUUGUGAAUGACAGCCAGCACCUGCAGCUCCUGUACCUGGAGUGCAUCCUCUCCAUGCUGAGCAGCUCCUCUCCUCUCAUGCACUACCAUAAAGGCUUCACCGACCUGCUGUGGAGGCAGCUAUGUCCGGCGCUGAUUGUCAUCCUGGGGAACCCCGUGCACGACAAGACCAUCUCGUCUGCCCACGGCGCCUCUUCGGCGGAGAGCGAGGCCGCACUCGCUGGUGUCUCCGACCACGGCCGAGGCUCCGGCUGCUCGUCCAUGGCACCAGCUCUCAGCGGGCCGGUGGCGCGCACCAUAUACUACAUCGCGGUGGAGCUGGUGCGGCUGGUGGGCUGCCUGGAGUCACUGAGGCCAGUGCUGCAGUCACUGUACCAUCGACUGCUGCUGUACCCACCCCCACAGCACAGGGUGGAGGCCAUCAAGAUCAUGAAGGAGAUCCUCGGCAGCCCCCAGCGCCUGUAUGAUCUCGCUGGCCCCACCGUGUACGAAGGGGAGACCAGGAGGCGAUCCAGUCAGAGGAGGAAGUCGCACUUGGACCUUCACAAGAUCAUCAUGGACGGGAUGACGGAGGCCUGCGCCAAGGGCGGGAUCGAGGCCUGCUACGCCGCCGUCUCCUGCGUCUGCGCGCUGCUGGGGGGCCUGGACCAGCUUAGCCAGGGCCGGGGUCUGGCCGAGGACCAGGUGCGCCACCUGCUGCGGCACGCCGAAGAGCUGAAGGGCGGCGGUGAGUCCGCUCGCGAGUCGAUGGAGAUCAGCGAGGCCGACUUCCGCUGGCAGCGCCGUGUGCUGUCAGCCGAGCAGCCCCACUGGGACGCCGGCGCUGAGAGGAGCCCCGACGUCAGCAUCAGCGUCACCACGGACACCGGCCGCACCACCCUGGAGGACAGCGGGAUGGGCCGGACCAGCCCCGAGGAGGGCCAGCAGCCGCAGAGGGUCCCAGGGGAGCUGCCUCCCGGCCUGGACCUGGGGGAGACCCUGUGCAAGGUGCUGGGUUCGGAGCCGGGAGACCAACCAGAGGCCGCCCACCGCGGCAACAACGCGCCCGCCUAUGCCGACUUCCUGUCAGUCGACCCCAGGGCGAGCAAGCCGCCGGGUUCCCGCUACAGCGAGAGCAACUUCAGUGUCGACGAGCAGGACGUCUCCAGGACCGAGUUCGACUCGUGCGACCAGUACUCGAUGGCAGCCGAGAAGGACUCAGGCAGGUCGGAUGUGUCGGAGAUCGGCUCCGACAACUGUUCGCUGGCGGACGAGGAGCCGGUCACCGGGGACUGCCCCGCCCACCGCUCGCUGCGCGGGGCCACCCUCACCCUGAAGGUCCUGAAGAACCAGGAGGCCGACCAGCACAGCGCCCGCAUCUUCGUGCAGUCGCUGGUCACCAUCCUCCCUCGCCUCUUGUCCCUCCAGACCGCGGAGGAGGUGGACUCCUCCCUGCAGAGCUUCGCCUCUGUCUUCUGCUCGGGUCUGCAGUCAGAGCUUUUGCGCUCGCCCGGGCUGGAUGCUGGCGAGAACACCGGCUGCCAGACGCUGAUGAACGCGGACGGCCUGUAUCUGGUCGCCUUCCAUGCCCUGUCUCUGAGCCUGAAGCUGAACGCCUGUGACUACUACCGGAGGAAGCCGGCUCCCGUCCCUGUCUCACUGAAAGAGUUUGUGAGGCAGGUCCAAAGCAGCCGGGUGUUGAUGGUGCUGUCGCAGGCGUGGAUUGAAGAGCUGUACCAUCAGGUGCUGGACAGGAACUUGCUUGGAGAGGCCGGAUAUUGGGGAACAGCACAGGAGCAUUCCCUGCCUUUCAUUGUCAUGUUAACUGAUAUGGAUGGAUUGGGAAGUAGCGCCGUGGGUGGACAGAUGGUCAGCACUGCAUCAGGACAAUCUCCUCUGGCUCAGGAAAAGAACACCCCUGAUUCAGUAACUGCAGGUGCCUGUUUUGCCCGGUUCAUUCUGAUUGGCUGCUGGAAGAACCUGAUUGACACGCUCUCCACCCCUCUGACAGGCCGGGUGGCCGGCAGCUCCAAGGGGCUGGCGUUUAUCCUGGGCACGGAAGGAAUUAAGGAGCAGAACCAGAAGGAGCGGGACGCCAUUUGCAUGAGUCUGGAUGGUUUGCGGAAAGCAGCUCGGCUCAGCUGUGCCCUGGGUGUGGCUGCCAAUUGUGCUUCCGCCCUUGCACAGAUGUCAGCAGCAUCGUGUGUUCAGGAUGAGAAGGAGGAGAAAGAAGCCCCUGAGACCACUGACCCGAUAGCACAAGUAAAGCAAAGAGUGGAGCAGAAACUGGAACAGAUCGGGCCCCAGGGAGUUCAGCUACACACGGCGCACGUGCUGUGCAUGGACGCCAUCCUCAGUGUGGGUCUAGAGAUGGGCAGCCACAACGCAGACUGCUGGCAGCACGUCUUCAGGGUGUGCGAAUACGUCAGCACGUUGGAACACAGCCACUUCAGCGAUGGUGGGUCCCAACCUCCCAUCACCGUCACACAAGCUCAGCAGGCCUCAGGGUUUGUCCCUUCGUUGGACACAGCUCGCUACUCCACCAGGGACCUGAGCCCUGAGCUGGACGCUAACGUCGGCAACCCCGUCAUCCAGUCCUUCACCAUCCAGGAGCUGAUCAAGGAGAACCACAAGGGGAAGGUGUUCGACAGCCGUGGAGGAGGAGUGCUGACCGGGAGCAAUGCGGCCAAGGCCGUCUGCACACUCUCCACGAUGGCCGACAAGUUGUUUGAAGAUGCUGCCGUGAAACUCAAUCUAAACGCUCUGGUCGGAUUCCUCAAUCAGUUGCGGAAAGCAUCACAAGCCCCGCUCUUUGACUCCGCCACAGAGACCGUGGACUACUCACUUGCAAUGCCAGGAGAGGCCAGAUCCACCCUAGACCGACGCAGCGCUCUGCACCUCUUCCGACUCGGUGACGUGAUGCUGCUCGUGCGAAGCAGGUCCCGUCCCCUCCUGCACCUGAUGAAGACCUGGGGUGUGGUGGGCCCUCACUUGGCAGAGGCUGCCUGCCACAAGGAGAGGCAUGUGUCCCAGAAGGCCGUCUCCUUCAUCCAUGACAUCCUGACGGAAGUUCUCACAGACUGGAAUGAAUUGCCCCAUUUCCACUUCAACGAGGCUCUGUUCCGGCCAUUUGAGCACAUCAUGCAGCUGGAACUGUGCGAUGAAGAUGUGCAGGAUCAGGUGAUCACAUCGAUCGGAGAGUUGGUGGAGGCCUGCUCCCCACAGAUCCAGUCGGGCUGGCGGCCGCUCUUCAGUGCGUUGAAGACCGUACACGCAAACAAGUCGGACGUGAAGGAGUAUCUGAUUGGUGAUUAUUCCAUGGGGAAAUCCCAGGCUCCGGUCUUCGAUGUCUUUGAAGCGUUCCUCAAUACGGAUAACAUUCAAGUUGCUAAUGCAGCCACUGACUACAUAAUGUGCCUUAUGAAGUUUGUCAAGGGUUGGGGGAGGAGUGGUGAGGAUUGUAAAGAAAUAGGGAAUUGCUUCCCGGGAUCAGGAUCCAGUUCCUCUGAUCUGUGCCUUCCCGCCCUGGAUUACCUCAGGAAGUGCUCGCAGUUACUUGCCAAGAUCUACAAGAUGCCUUCGAAACCCAUUUUCCACGGGGCUCAGUUCACCAGCUUCCCCUUCAAAGGUCUGGAGAGGUCAAUCAACAGCGAGGAUGGAAUCGAGACCGCCCUCAAUGAGUUUGAUGAUGACACAGGUUUGAUUCAAGUCUGGAUCCUGCUACUGGAACAGCUCACCACUGCUGUCUCCAACUGCCCUCGCCAACAUCAGGCUCCCACCUUGGACCUCCUGUUCGAGCUGCUGCGAGAGGUUACCAAAGUACCAGGACCAGGAUUUGAUUUUGCUGUAACCCAUCUCCUCCUUCCGGUCAUGUCCUUGUGGCUUCAGCGUAACCAUGGAGAUCAGGCCUACUGGGAGAUGGCAGCUGCCAAUUUCAAGCACGCUAUUGGUCUGUCCUCAGAACUGGUGAUGGAGCAUAUUCACUGUUUUAUUCAGUCAGACAUUGGCUAUGAGAACAGCAUCAACAUCAUGUUAAAAGACCUGCUGAAGCUGCUCGUGUGCUGUGUUGCAGAACCCACGGAAACCAUCUCCCGGGUGGGCUGCUCCUGCAUCAGAUAUGUCCUGGUUACAGCUGGACCCGUUUUCACCGAUGAGAUGUGGAGGCUGCCUGCUGUGCUCUUCAAAGAUGCAUUCAACAGUUACCCUGGAGCCAGUAAGAACCUGCUGGCCUGUUUCCAGAGUGGCUCAGAGAGCUUCAGUGGAGAUGCGUGUGAAGUUAAGGUAGCAGCACCGUCGCAUUCUGCCAGUGCAGAGGCAGAAUAUUGGAGAAUCCGGGCAAUGGCACAGCAGGUUUUCCUGCUGGAUACUCAGUGCUCUCCUAAGACUCCCAACAACAGAGGUUUUGAGCAUGCUCAGUCCUGCGUGCUGAUCAUCGAGCUCCCACCAGAUGAGAAACCCAACGGUCACACUCAGAGGAGGAAAAUCGGCAUCCCGUUCCGCACGAUCGUGGUCAGCCUGCUGUCCCACCAGGUGCUGCUGCAGAACCUGUACGACGUGCUGCUGGAGGAGUUCGUCAGAGGCCCGACACCCAGCGCCGACGCCCCGGACCGAACCGUCGGCUCGGGAGAGAGCCGACCAGCCGGCUUCCUGCGCUACAUCUCCAUGCAGAACCUGGCCGUCAUCUUCGACCUGCUGCUGGACUCGUACCGGACGGCCCGCGAGUUCGACACCCGGCCCGGCCUCAAGUACCUGCUGAUGAAGGUGUCCGGGGUGGGCGGGGCGGCCAACCUCUACCGCCAGUCGGCCAUGAGCUUCAGCCUCUACUUCCAGGCGCUGAUUUGCGCCAUCCUGACCAACCAGGAGCACAUCUCGGCCGAGCAGGUCAAGAGGAUCCUGUACGAGGAGGAGGAAGGGGAGCCGAGCUCGGACUCGUCGCAGCAGUGCUCGUCCGAGGACGAGGACAUCUUCGAGGAGACGGCGCAGGUCAGCCCGCCCAGGGGGAAGGAGAAGCGGCAGUGGCGGGCGAGGAUGCCGUCCCUCAGCAUCCAGCCGGGCAGCAACGCCGACUGGGCCUGGCUGGUGAGGCGGCUGCACAAGCUGUGCCUGGAGGUCUGCGGCAACUACAUCCAGCUGCACCUCGACCUGCAGAGCUGCGCCGAGGAGACGACGCCGCCGCCGCCGCAGCAGCAGCAGCCGCCGCCCUCCUUCUUCCUGCCUGCCUGCCCUUCCGAGGGCUCCAGCCCAUCCACCGCCAGGGAGACGCCGUCGGAGGAAGGCGCCCGGCCACGCACCAGUGCCUCAGCGUCGCCGCCGCCACGUUUGGGCGGGAAGCCGGGCCCGGCGGACGACGGGACGGCGGAGGACCUGGCCGAGCCGUCGCCCGGCAACCAGGCGGAGAAGCCGGAGCCGGGCCGGAGGAAGGAGUGGUGGGAGACGGCGGGCAGCAGGAUCUACACCAUCGCCACCGACCGCACCAUCGGCAAGCUGGUGCUGGAGUACAAGAGGCGGAAGCAGCAGCAGAGCAGCCACAACAACCCGGGCAAGGGGGAGGUGGCGGCGGCGAGCGCCCGGGGCCCCGACUCGCCCCCGCAGCGGCCCCGGCAGCUGCUGGACCAGGGCCGGAUGCGGCAUUCGUUCGGUGCAGGCGCCGAGCUGCUCCGGCAGGAGAGGAGGCCUCGCUCGGGCUCCACCGCCAGCUGCCACACAGUCUCCGUGCGCGACACCGAGGGCCAGAUGCAGCGCUGCAGGCUGGCGAUCAGCGAGGGGCUGAGGGCUGGCCCCCCGCCCCUGGGACGGCGGCGCAGUGAGUCGGUGCGGGCCGGCGGUGCUGGCGGCCUCUUGGUCUUCCUCAGCGAGAUGCUGCGGGGUGGCGGGGCAGAGAGAGAGCGGGGGGCUGGGCAGGCGGCAGGGUCGGAGCGGGAGGGGGGCGAGCGCCGGGCGGGGUGGUCUUCGUCGCCACCGCCCCCGCUGCUGCCGCUCCAGUUGCCGCUGGAGGAGCAGUGGUCUUCCUGCGGCUCGGCCAGGGCCUCAGAGUGCAGGACGAGGGGAGAGGCCGCCCUCAUUUCCGGGGGCCUGCGGAUCUCCUGGGACUUGGGCCUGGGCAGGAUGCCGGCCUGGGCCUCCAGCCGGGCUCCACUGCCGCCGCCCAGCAGUGAGACCCGGGCCCCCUGCCUGGGCAGGCUGUGGAAGCCCAGCUCCUCGCGAGCCCGGGGCCCAGCAGCCCCCGACGCGCUGCCCGAGCAGCCGGAUAGCUGGGCUGCGAUGCCUUGGCCCUUCUGCGCCCGUAUCCUGCGCACCGACGGUGGCACCACUUUGAUCUCUUCCGUCUGGCAGGAGGAGUCCCUGGUCGUCGAGCGUGCCCGGCCGGACCUGCUGCUCUCCAGGCGGCCCAGGGUGGAGAACUGGCCCGGCAGGGCGGUGGAUGAAGCUCUGGCUGCGGUCUGCCCGGUGCCUGCCAUCAUCAAACACAAUUACCAGUCCAUCACCACUUGCUGGCAGAUAAAACAGUGA